AUGAUGGGAAAAUCCCUCCUUAGCCUCAUGGCGAUGUAUUUUAUGGCGUCGCAUGAACGUUCAGCCCAUGCCUUUCAGUUUCUGCCGAGUGGGAAGGUUUUUCAGCGAGCGGCCUUCUCGCGAAUGAACCUGCGAAUGGUCAGCUCUCAUCUGGAACCUUCUGAUGGUGGCACCAACAGGGAACGUCGCUUUGCGGAGUUUAUGAAUCUUGAGCCAGUCACCCAGUCAGAGGCCCGUCGAGAACGGCUGUCCAGGGAUCAGGAGACUAAAGAGAAGUUUGCAGAGUAUGGCGAUGAGCUUUGGGCGCUGCGGAAGAAAGUGAAAAACUUGGGGGAUAAGCUUGUAGGAGCACUGAAUGGUGGCUCUCGGGAAAGUGAAGAGCUGCUUCGUCAAGAGUUGAGGGAAGCCGAGUGUCGUGAUCCAGAGUUGGUCUACGAAGUGGAACUGCUGGAAAUGGAGUUGGCCCGAAGGGACGGGGACACCGUGCAGGCAGAAAAGGCAAAGCAAAGGGCGCUUAACGCCCGAAGCUGUCUCCCACACUUCAACUUGGAGGGCCUCUGGGUGGGCAAGUAUGGCGGCCAUGGGUACGAAAUGAUCAACGUCACUUAUGUAGGUGACACAAUGAUUGCUUUCAAGGUCACUGGUGACAAGAACGUCCCCCGAGGGGAAAUUACAUUCCAGGCUGAUCUUACGCCAAAUGGCGUCCGAAAACUUCGUGAUGGCAUCAUGAUUGGUAGUGGCGGUGGUGCAACCAAAGAUCACACACAAAAACCUCUCGAGCCCAUUAUGCUCACGGAAAAGGCGGCCUCCAAAUGGGGCACACGACAAUUGCCUCGGUACAGAGGAUUGGGCCAAGUGGCCGAACCUGGCUUUACCAAUAAUAAAUGGAUGGAUGGCCAAUUGAUCAUCAUUGGCGAGGAGUACUUCAGUUUUGCUUGGGUGCCGCUGGAAAACCAAAUUUUCUUUGGACGUCCUUCACCCGAGUUGGCUCUCAAGAUGCUUCGAGAGGGCGGCAUGGAACACUUGCGAUCAAAAACUCAUUGGGAAGCGCCACCGUCGUUGGAUGAAGACGUGGAUGUUUUGAAAGAGUUUGUCUCGAGCUGCUUGGAAAAGACAGCGCAAACUAUUGAAGAGGAAUUGCCUGCAGGAGAUCCAUUCAGCUGCAUCUGGCACGGAACCGGCGACGCAGAGGAGUGUUACUUUGAAUAG